CCUAACAUAGGUUUUGUAGUAGAGUGCAGAACUACCGAGCGGCGUGGUGAGUCUAAACAUGGAGAACAAUAAUAAUGUUGGGUCUCUCCAGGAACAAGCCUUGAAGAGAAAAGAGAGAUUAAAAGCGUUGAGGGACAAACAGCUUCAUGGGCGAGAACAGGGAGAUGGCGAGCCAGAGCAUAAACGAGCUAAUUUGGAAGAGGAGACUCCAGAGCAUAGACACAGGGAUUUGAAGCUGAGAAAUUACACGCCAGAGGAUGAUGAGUUAAAGGAGAGGCAGAUCCCCAAAGCCAAACCUGCAUCAGUGGAGGAUAAAGUCAAGGACCAGUUAAAGGCAGCCAAUCCUGAGCCCAUCAUUGAAGAAGUGGAUUUGGCUAAUCUGGCCCCAAGGAAACCAGACUGGGAUCUCAAGCGGGAUGUAGCAAAGAAACUGGAGAAGUUGGCGAGGAGAACACAAAGGGCCAUUGCUGAACUUAUCCGUGAUCGUUUGGGAGUCAAUGAGGAGCAGCUGACUGGAGUGGCGGGAGAGGUACAAGCAGAACACGAAGACGGAGACUGAUUUGGAGUUGAAAGAAAAGAAAAAGCCACUUUGAGAAUGUGGGGUGUCUAAUUUUGGGAACAUAUUGUUAUAGGCGUGUGAUUGCAGGCAUUGUGGGUUUUUUUUGUAUCGUUUGCUACAAUCUACCGUAUAUAUAUAGUUGAAACAAAAACAACCAUGAUAACCUUUCAUCUUUGUUGUCAUAUGAUGUUUUAAAUAAAAGUAAUGUACAUCUUUUGUUUUUUAAA